AUGGCUAUUAUUCACUUCUGUUGUCAUUAUGGGAAUCUCAGCGAGGAAGCGAAGGGACCGCUGGGGCCGAGCAGCCCGCUGCCGCUGCGGGGCGUGGCGGCGCCCGCGCUGGCCGCCGACGCGCACACGGAGCUCAAGCUCAACAUCACGGACUCGCAGCUCGUGUUCGUCGAGGACGCCUCCGUGUGGGACACUAACGCCGUCAUACUCAAGAGCACGACGGUGAUAACAUAUCGGCCGGCAGUCGUGGCGCAGCCGGUGUCGUGCGAACUCAACGAGCUGGAGCUGUUCUCGUGCGUGUUGGGCCUGGAAGAGGAGACGGCGCUGUCUAUCCUUGAGCCGGCCGCGCUGCACGUCAAGCUACUCGCCGAUCACGUUUUGCACGUGUCAAUGGGUACACUGAAUCUGCGUCUAUCUUACCACGACAUGAGGAUGUUCGCUGCAAUGCUGCAGUCGCUGCCGGUUCAAGCGAGAGCCGCGCUAUCAGGAAAGAGCGAGAGAGAAGACACAUGA